AUGCAGCUGCAGUUGCCAUCCGAUUAUAACCUUAAUGAUUUUACAGAUAGAAAAUUAAACAAACGAGAUAUCCGCAGAGAUAGGAACGGUGGUGAUUUGCCUUCCGCUCGGCGAGUCCGCACGACGCUGCAGACCGAUGGACGAGUGGUCGACAAACACGAGUUCACCAUAGGCGCCUACCAUUAUUUGGAGUUCAUCCAUCUUGAUGUCAGUUUACUUAAUGGACCUUAUGAUUACCUACGAUCUCGACCGUACUGUUGCCAGCCUGAAGGUCGCUUGGACCCUCGAUGUAAGCCUAUACUAGUUCCUAAUGAUGAUCCUUAUCUCAGGGUGACUGAUAUACGCUGUUUAAAUUUUUCGAGAGCGGAGACCUUCCAGGAUGAUGGCUGUAUCAACGAUACGUAUACACCUGAACAGAUAAAUUUUCAAACACCGCUUAUAGAUCUUUCUACAAUAUACGGUGUCGAUGAUAGAAGUGAAAAUGCAGUCAGAGUGUAUGAGCAUGGUUUGUUAAAACUAGAAUACAGAGGCUUCCGAUAUGUGCCCUUAGCUAAUCUAACGGCAAUCAACACAACAGAUUUAGACACCUUGCUCUCCUUGAUGGAUCCCGCAGUCUUAGCGAAUCUUACGAUGUUAAACCAGCAAAUGUCAAAUUCUUCUAUGUGGCAAAAUAUGACAAUGCAAAGUCGGCAAAAUAUGUUAUUUAAUUUUAUGAUGCUGAAUGGACCAAUGUUUAAUAACUCCCCAAUGUGGCAAAAUUCUACCUUGACUAGUAAUAGAGGAAUGCUAGGAAGCAUGUUUACUUUGGAGAAUAUGCAAGGAGUUUUAUCAAUGCUACAGAAUUUAACUAUGUUAAAUUCUCAAAUGUUGAAUAAUCUUGCAGUGCUUAAUCCUGAAAGAUUAGGCAACCUAAAUUUGACAAACCAGCAAAUGCUUGAAAAUCUUUCCAAGCUAAAUCCGGAAAUGCUUGCGAGCUUGAUAAGUUUAAAUCCUCAAUUGUUAGGAAAUCUAGGCACCUUUGGAAACAUGCCACCUACAAACCGUCGCCGCCGCCAGGGAGUGGUACCUAUAAGUUUACCCACAACAGGCGGACUCGUUGACGCUGUAACAUCUCCAGUGGAAGAACAACUGAAUAAUUACAUCCCAACUUUGAUGAAACUUAUCAACAUGACCAACCUGAACAAUACUAUAUGUCUGCAAAACAUGAACAACGAAAGUAGAUGUUACGUGUUUGGAGUUCCCGAAGCAGGUAACUUUGACUUGCGAACGACAACGUUCGCAAUUUUCUUCAUGAGGGAGCACAACCGGUUGGCACGAGCCCUGUAUAAGCUGAACCCUUGCUGGAAGGACGACCGCCUCUUCAAAGUAGCGAGACAAAUUAAUAUUGCCACAGCGCAAAAUAUUCUAAUGUAUGAACUACUACCAAAAAUAUUAGGCUAUAAGAACAUGUUAAAAUAUGGGCUAAUAUCGGAACACGUGCGAUAUGUGACGGCGUACGACGAGAGCGCUGUGCCGCUGGUCUACGCCGAGUUUGAGAUCGCCGUCAGAUACUUCCAUACCAUGCUGGAUGGCAGAAUCAAGUUGUACGAUGAAAAAUAUCACUAUGACAGGGAGUUCUCCAUCAGCAACACGACCUUCAGACAAAGUCUUAUCGAGCAAGAUAAGAAUUUUGAGAAAAUAAACAGGGGUACAUUCUACCAACACGCAGCCAGAAUAGACGACAUCCAGGAUCCCGAGGUCUCAGAAAAAUACUACGGAGAUUUGCAACGAGCUGCAGACCUACCAACUUUGGACAUACAACGGGGAAGAGAUUUAGGUAUAAGAGGAUACAAUGAUUACAGACAUAUCUGCGGUAUGAAGCCAGCGAGGAAAUUUGAAGAUUUUGAAGACGUUAUGGAUCAUGAGAAAAUAGAAGCUCUAAAGAGGCUUUACGUGCAAAUAGAGGACAUUGACCUGUUAGCUGGUAUAAUGAGCGAGAACCAUCUGGCUGAUACGUACGUCGGCCCUACACUCUUCUGUAUCAUGACGAAACAGCUGCAGCUGUAUAGAUACGCUGAUCGCUUCUGGUUCGAGAGGGGCCAUCAAUUCCACAGUUUUACUUUACCUCAAUUGCACGAGGUCAGGAAGACUAACAUUGCUCGUUUCGCGUGUGACAACGCGGAUGCAAUCAAGUUCAUUCAGCCGCAUGCGUUCGGACUUGUCGGGCCUCACAAUCAACACAUACCAUGUACUCAUAUUCCUGGUUUGGAUAUCAACAAGUGGAAAGACAAUAGUUGUUAUAACGAUAAACAUCAUUACUCUACUAAUGAAGAGAAUAAGCAAGGACUUUACAACGGAAACAAUUUAUUAAAUAAUAAAGAACAAAACCAAAUGGAAUGGGCUGUACAUAAAGUUAGUAACAUCGAAAAUAAAAAUAUUCAGCCUUUUCCAAAACAAGUCAAAAUCGACGGCGGAGUUGCUUGGCCAAUGAUUGAGAAUACAAAAAAAGAUAGCAUGAAUGAACAAGUUCUACAGUGGUCUAUGAAUUUAAAUAAUGGAAAUAAUAAUGAGAGGCAAAAUAAUAUAAAAGAACAUAAAGAAACCUUGCGUCCUACUUCAUUUGAUAAUACCGGUCAACAAAAAGAAGAAAUGACACUUCUUGUAAGUAAACCUGGGCCUAAUUCUGAUCAUUGGACUAUUAAUAAAUACGGAAAAUUUGAAGGUACGGUCUACGGCCCCAAUAAAAAAAAUCAGGAAUCUGAAUUUUUGGCAUUAAAAUAUUCUUUGGGUGACAAUGACGAAGACAACCACCACAACAACAACCAUAAAAUGCAAGAGGAUGGUAAAUAUGACGAUAAUACUGAUUGGCCCGUCAAAAACAAACAUGACAAUGUUAAUGGCCCGAUUCUGCCUAGUCAUCAAAGCGAAUUCAAUUAUUUGGCAUUAAAGCAUUCUACAAAUGAUAACAAUCGUAACUAUGGUGAGAAAACUAUUGAUGACGGUAGUCAUAAAGAAGAAAAUAAUCGCCAUACAAUGAAAUAUGAUAAUGAUAAGCUCGCCAAAAACGUCCAAGUCGAUAAUAAUGCAUGGAUAAAUAGACAUCAGCUGCCUCUGAUUCCUCAUAAUGUCAAUGGUCAGCUAUUUGCUAGUGCUGGUCAUCAAGCAUAUCAAUCGAAUUCCGCGGGUUCCUCAUUGGCGGCGGCACGUUAUUCCAACAUUUUGAGGCCGUAUAGCUAUAGCUGCCCCGGAAAGCUGCCGAAGCGUGGCGUGGCGUCAACAAUUGAAUUCCACAUUUACGGCGGUCGCGGAGCCUAA